CAGGGAGAUGGGGUAGAAAGAUGCUUUGAAAGGGGAUAAAACUUGCUGCCAGGCUUUCCUCCAUGAGCAAGUCCAAUUUCUUUCUCUCUUUUUAAUUUUUUUUUUCUUUUGGUUCUGUGUUAUUCCUCCGUGGGCAGGAGGCUGCAGGCAUUUCAAUUUUUUUCAAGUUCUUGUUACAAAAAGGGCCCAAAAUAUGUUCUCUUCUCAGAGGCAGUAAACAGCAAGUGCACAGUGCAGCUUCUCUAAGCCUCUCUUCUCCUGUCUCAGGGAGAAAGGAGUUCUCCAAGCCCUAGAGCCUGAGUCACUCGCUGUGUGAGCAUGAAUUAACCAGGAAUGUUCGAGAAUUAUUCCUGAAUAAUUCAUGAACCUGAAUUAAUCAUGCAUUUUCAUGAAUUAUUCAUGAAUAACUCAUGGAAAUGCAAGGUUUAUUCAUGCUCCAAAAAACCCAAGGCUUUUCCCCUUCUCUUCUGCUUUCUCUCCCUUGGGGACAGCAGGUGGGAGCUUUCCAAGCCAGACAAAGGAGACCUGACAAGGACCUGUGGUGAAGGGACAAGCACAAGGCAAGGAAGUGUCCGGUCACCUCCUCUGCUGGAACAGGCAGCAGAGACCUGGAGAGACAGGAGACAUCUUGCAAGACUCAACACCUGGAGCAGUGCUAACCAGGUGGGCAGCCCUGAUGUCAGCCAAGCUCUACGUGCUCAUCACUGGCCCGACGGCAGCCGGGUUAUCGACAUCGAGAACAUCAAGGAGCCCCGCAAGCCCUUCCACCUCUGCACUGUGGGGGAGCAGGUCCUGGCCCGCUGCCCUGGAUUCAGUGGGCUGUACUGGGGUGUGGUGGAAGGCAUAAGUGAGCACAAAGGUAUUUUGGAGAAGAAGCUGCUGGAAGAUCGACAGCUCCUGGAGAAGUUAAAAGAAGAACCAGCUGUCCACAGCAUGAUGCCAUCCCCACCAAAAAAAUCCAGGAAAACCUUUCCAAAAUGGACCUCAGGGAAUGCAUCCAGGAAAUACCCCAGUGACAGGAACUCUCCUGCAAAGCCACUGCUGAGGGUGGCUGAGGCCAGCCUGCCCCGUGAUGCCAGCAGCUCCUCCAUCAAGGACAGGCGUGUCCUGGGAAGCGUGGCAGGGAGUCCCUGCUCACUGGCAGCUCCCCCCCACCCAGCCAGUGCCUUCACACCUCCAUCCACCUUCAUCACCAUGGCCAUGCCAGGGCCAGGGACUUCCCAGAGUGAAGAGGACAGGGCUGGUCCAGCUGCCAGAGAUUAUGUUGCCCUUCCAAUGAAGAGGAAGCCAGAUGGCAUCUUGUCCCCGUGCCAACAGCAGAUCUGUCUGAACAGCCGUGAGGAGCGCAAGAUUGAUGCUUUGCAAGAGAUGGAUGGCUUUGAAAGGGCUCACAAAAAUGUCAGUCCUGGUGAGAUGGAAAGGGUGGAGAAGAUGGAGCAGCUGGAAAGGAUGGUGUUGGACCUCCAACAGGACGUCCUCUCUCUGAAGAAGAAGGUGCAGAGGCUGGAAUCCCUGUCCUUCCAGGAGGAGCCCCACCGACAGCCGUGUGAGGUGGUGGAGCUCUUCAACGGCUACACCAAGGAGCAGCUCAAAGAGACCAUCAGGUUUGACCAGAAAAUCAGCACAGCCUGCAAGACUCUGCUCUACAAACUCUUCACCUCUGACUACAUCCAGAGCCACUCCAUCACAGGGCGCAGGGGCAACACCUUCCGGGAGGCCAAGCCCAUGAUGGACGAACGCUGCAUCAAAAUCAUCCGGGUGCUGCUGAAGCAGAAGUUUGGGGAUCACCUCAGUGACACCGUGAUCACAGAGAAGAUCCAGAACGUGCAGAAAGCCCUGAGGCAGAAGUUUAAGACAGAAUGUCUCUGAGGAGUGGAGAAUUUGGUGUCUCCUCCUGCCAUUCCGUGUGUGUCCCUGAGCAGCCUUCCCAGGAGAGAUGAGCCGAGCAGCUGCUGCUCAGUAGAUUUCCCCCAGGGAGCCAGCCCAAGUAAACCACGUGCUGAACACAGCUCAAACACUGCCAAACCUCUGCCUCCAUUAACUGAGCAGGAACUGGGCCCAGCUUGGCUCGGUUUUUGCACUCUACAAGUUCCUUCCCAUCCAGUCUGUGUGAGAACCUCACUGUGGGUGCAUGGAAUCACCUCUACGACUCUGAUGGUGCUCAAAGGCUUCAGGGCUCCAUUUGAGUCCAAGAAUGGGUCAGAAAGGUAGCCUUGUUCCACACUGCAGAAAUGUUGGCUUUGGCAUGGGGAAUCCAGCUGCAGACAGCCUGUGUCACCCAAUGUGGCUUCUCUCUCUCUGCCUCUGGUUGCCUCAUUCUGCCUGUGGGACAAUAUUUACUCUUUCCUCACAGUGAAUGUUUUAUUUCCAUCACUAAAGAAAGGCAGACUCAUUAAAAUGACACCUUAAAACAUUCAGAAAAAGAUAUCUUGAUUUUUUUCUGCCUAUUUGAAUGUAGCUAUAAGGAGGAGUUGUCUUCCCUAACAAAAGCCUGCUGAACAAGAGAAAGGGUCACCCAUGAAAGUUACAUUAAUUUUCCUUUCUAGAUCAGAUUAUUUCCAUACAAGAAAAAUCCCCUACAUUUUUAUGACACAAGAGUGAGGGAUGGAGGACAAAAUAUGGCCCAACUUUGCUUCAAAGACACACAUAUUGUGGACACUGUCAGUGUUAUUUAAAUACAGUAUUUUUAUCCUAGAUAAGAAAUGCCGAGUACAACCAGACACUUUGCUGAGGGACUACAGAGAAGGUCUAGAAAGACACAUCUUUUCCUAAAUAAUUCAGAGCUGGAGUGUGGGUGGGUUAAAAUUGUUCUAAGCAUUAAAAGAAUGAGAUGCUGACACCAGUCCAGCACUUAACAGAAGUGUUGCAAAAUACCAAACAUUCCCUUUUACAGAGGCUUCUCUGACAAGGAAUUGGUUUUCUCAGCUUAAUUUUUAAAUUAUUCAGGAAAAGAAAUGCCAGUGGGUUUGCAUUAAUCAAAACAUUUGGUUUAAUUUAUAUGUUUUGUUGUGUUUUCAAGUAUUUAAUUUCUUCACAGUUACAUGAGAAAUAAUAAUGCAAAAUAAAUGUAUUGGAGAAACAA